CCAUAUCACGGACUGGAUGAGGUAAUGAUAACAGGGGACGGUGUUUCUAGGGGCUGUUUAUCUCUCUCUUCUUUUUUAUCAGGGCAUGGCAUUAGCAUGGACUAGCUGGGCUGGGUAUUGGCGCAUGCAUUUGUAUACUUGGGUGUUGGCGCGCGGAUCAGGAUAUAUCUUAGAUGGGGGACUGCCCUCGCGGGCUUCUCGGGCGUGCAUGUUUAGCGCUAGAGUGCAGCAUCGUCUUCCACGAUCGCUUAUCUUAACACUGCUCCCUCGCACGAUCAUCUGUAUCCGUGCGUGCCUGUCGUGCGUAUGGGGUAGCCUCCCCAGAUCCAAGAUGACUGACGCUACCUGUGCAGUGCUGGACACGAAUUCUCAUGGUACGGUAGCGCGGGAAGCUUGCUUCCACGCCGUGAAGGGAGAAUUUGCGACGUCCUUGUGGCGUCGCAGGGGAUGGCGCGGGAGUUCGUCAUGGGGCAUUUCAGGGUUCGCCAUGCAUGCUAAGGCAGUGAGUGUCAACGUGCGGGGACGAAGGCAAGGGGGAGCUUGCGAAGGGCUGCGGGCGGGUAUGAUAUGGUCGGGCUCGGCUGUUUUGCGAGACGCGGGACCAUGCUCGGUGCUGUGAUGAGUGAAAGAGAAGGGUUGGCGAGCCCCCGAUCGAGAAGGCCAGCAUAGUUCACUACAGCGCGGGGAUU